CAUGACUUAACUUCUUUUUCUUGGCUAGAGAGGUAUUGUAGGGAACAGUCUUUAACUUGUGUCCCUCCCCUCCGAGUUAGUUAGCGGGGUCGUGGAGCGCAGCUGUGUGGAAGCUGGAGCUCUGCACACACAUCAACUCGCUAUUCGGAACUUUGGCACGAGACCGGCAGCGCGCGAGCUCCCUCUCCACACACUUCUCUAGGUUUCACUGACCGCUGACAGUUCAAGAGACGAGAGACAAGCUUGUUUCAUAUUGUGCAGGAUUGGAGAAACCAGUACCCAGCUUUGUUUACUAUACUAAAACUAAUAUAACUUCAUAUCUGAAUAACUGGCAGCCCGCUUUGCCAUAAUGAGGGUGUUGUUUUUGCUGCUUUUGCUCUGUGCGAGUGAAAGUCUCUGCCAGAAAGACUGUACUGGAGUGGAGUGUCCACUUCUUAACAACUGUAUUGAGGAAGUUUUGGAAAAUGGUGCCUGUUGUGCCACUUGUCUACAAACUGGCUGCACAUGUGAGGGCUACCAGUACUAUGACUGUAUUAAUGCUGGCUUCAGAUCUGGCCGGGUUCCCGAGGGAGAAUCUUAUUUUGUGGACUUUGGAAGUACAGAGUGCUCUUGUCCACAGGGCGGCGGGCGGAUCAGUUGCCAUUUUAUUCCAUGUCCUGAGCUUCCCGCUAACUGCAUUGAAGUGUCGGAGCCAGCGGAUGGGUGUAUUCAGUGUGAGCGGAUAGGCUGCGUGUAUGAGGAGCAGAAGUAUGAGGCUGGCCAUUCAUUCCGCAUGGACCAAGCCUGCCAAGUCUGCCACUGCCCCAAUAAUGGCGGGAACUUAAUGUGUUCCCUGAUCCCAGACUGUGAUCCAAGGCAAGUCCAUAAACCCAUGCUUGCAACUACCACAGGGGAAAGCACACCAUGGAGACAUCAGAAUAAAAUCCAAAAUCUUUUCAACCAUCAAGGCUCAAGGAAUCCCUUCUCCAAACCUUUUCCACAGUCAUUCCAUGACAGUCUGUCUCCAUUCAAACCAACCCCAAGUGCCAUGGAUGAAGAAGAGGAGGAGGAGGAGGAGGACUAUGACUAUCCUACUAUAGAUUCCUCAAAGCAACCUCGGCAUGACCUAGCCUCUCCAGCGGAAUCCUACAUUACCUCAGUUUCUGGUCUGGAAAACAGUCCCUCUCACCAAGCCAGGGGAACCAAGCAGGAGCUUAAAGAGAGAUUUGGUGUUCAUGAAGCAGCAACCUUACGUGAAGAGAGGACAGAUGGGGCAAAAUAUAGUCGCCAUAAAGUGAACUCUACGAAAGACACUUCAGAAGUUUCUGAAGACAAUACUAGAGGAGCACAAAUUAACAUUCCUAAAGUUAGUGCAAACAAAGAGAAAGUCCCCAGCUAUAGAGAUACCACACAUGAAGAACAAUUCUCUGUUUACAGAGACACCACUGUAAAUGAGAGUUUAGGCCCCUAUAAAGACAACAGCAACACAGAGGUUCUUGAGGAGAGUGACAGAGACAGCCUGAGGAAGGCGUCAGAAAAGAUCUAUAAAGAAACCACUGACAGUAAUGAGUUUGAUUCAUAUGAAGACACCACAUACAGUGAAAUAGUCACUGACUCUCCAGUAACUGUAGUUCCAACUAUGCCUCAAACUACAGAGGAGACACAGAUGACAACAACAUGGCAGACUACUGGAGGCAGUUUUUCACCAGUUCAAGUUUACCAUAGCACACCAGAAACAAGGGAAUUUUACAGCACACAAAAAGAAGAGAUGAACGUAAAAGAGCAAAGAAUCUCAUUACAUAAUGUCACAGAGAGUGACAACAAUCAUGAGAAGGAUAAAAUGGUUGACGAACAGGAAAAAUACACUUUUACCAGUUCCCAAAGCAUCUCAAGCAGUGACUAUGCAUCUUCAGCAGCACCUGACAGACCUUUAGAAGAUCACGAAACCAAACCAAAGAUAAAACCAGAGCUGUAUACGAUUCCUCCUGUGAUAUUCAGCCCAACCAGCCAGUCGCUCUUGAGAGUGAAGGAAGAGGAUGGACAGCUUCUAAAUAAACAGUCACAGAGUCUAUUUGAAGUUGCAGAGGAGGUGGAAGAAGAAGAGAAGGAAGAAAGGGAAGAGAAAGACAACACACUCAGUUCCAUUACAAAAACCAGUGAGAGACUGUCUGCUCUGGUCAUAGUGGAGACCUGCUGUAAAGCUGGGCAGAAAUGGGCCUCAGAGAACCAGCACUGCAACCAUCUGACCCCUGUAAUAAAAGAAGACUCUGUCUGUGGGGCUGUUCAGGAGCAUUGUUGUGCAGGUGCACUGAGAGAAAGCAGGUGUUUAACUGGAAUGUAUGCUGCCAGAGCUGGUGAGGUGUGUGAAGAAGACAGCAGCCCACACUGUGGAGAAGAUACCCAAAAGGAGUGUUGCAGCUGCUGUGCACUUGGUUUGCGUCUUCGACGUGAGGGAAAGGGCUGUAACGCACAUCAACACCUUAGCUACCCUUGUGGACACAUUUUCCUCACCUGCUGUGAGGAAGAAGAGGAAGGGCAUAGCACACCUGUACUAAAGAGAAAGGAGAGACCAAUACCUACCACCCUGCCUAAAAAAGUGGCUGACAGACCAUUCCAUAAGCAGUCGCUCUCCAUCGCAGAGUCUGAGCAUACAUCCAACGCUGUGGAGAACCUGGAGGAUGUAGACGAGUGUGAGAGAUUUGAGGGGCAACGCUGCCUUCAUAUCUGCAUCAACACUUUGGGAUCCUACAAAUGUGAAUGCCACCCUGGAUAUACACUGAUGCAGGAUGGACACACAUGUGCACUCGAGAAUACAGAGGAGGACAACAGAGUGACAGAGGAAGACAACGUGUUUACUUUGGCCACACCACCUCAAGAGACCACCCAAAUCACCUCUGUACAAAAUCCAUGUGCAGGUAAUGGCCCAUGUUCUCAGCAAUGCUCUGCUGUGGAAGGACGGGUCCGCUGUUCCUGUUUCCCAGGAUUCUCUCUGAACUCUGAUGGACGGACAUGUGAAGAUGUGGAUGAGUGCAGCAGGGCCACACACACUUGCUCUCCCAAGGAGGUGUGUGUGAACAUGGAAGGUUCCUACAAGUGUGUGCUUCUGAAUGACACGUGCGACGUGGGCUUUAUACACAACCAGAAUAGAGAGUGUGUGGAUGUGAAUGAGUGUGUGACAAACACACACACCUGCCAGCCCAAUGAGCGCUGUGUGAACACAGUAGGAGCUUUCAUGUGUGAGAGGCAGAUUUCUUGUUCAAGUGGCUACCAACUGAGGAAUGGAGUAUGUGAAGAUAUUGAUGAGUGUGCUGUGCGGAGCCAUGACUGUGGCUCGGGAUUCCAGUGCCAGAACACACCCGGCUCAUUCCACUGCAGUCCGAAGCAGCAGCACUGCCUCACCGGCUUCUCUCAGGACCCCCACGGCAACUGUAUCGACAUUGAUGAGUGCAGAGUUGUGAGAGAGCCAUGUAUGGCAGGCUUUAACUGCAUAAACACUGUGGGCUCCUACACCUGCCAGCGCAAGAUUAUAUUAUGCAGCCGAGGAUAUCACGCCAGCCCUGAUGGUUCACGCUGCAUUGAUGUGGAUGAGUGUGCAACAGGAACACACCGCUGUUCUGAGGGUCAGAUCUGCCACAACAUCCCUGGCAGCUACCGAUGUGACUGCCAGACAGGCUACCAGUAUGACGCCAUUCGCCGGCUGUGCAUUGAUGUGAACGAGUGUUGGCGUUACCCAGGACGUCUUUGUUCACAGACAUGUGAGAACACUGUGGGCUCUUACAAGUGCUCCUGCACCACAGGGUUCUCCCUUGCCUUUGAUGGCAAGAAUUGUGAAGACGUUAACGAAUGUGAGAACAAUCCCUGCAGUCAGGAGUGUGCCAACAUCUACGGCUCCUACCAGUGCUACUGCCGUGUGGGAUACUAUUUGAAGGAGGACAGCCACACCUGUGAAGAUAUUGAUGAGUGCUCUCAAAGCAUUGGGAACAUGUGCGCCUUCCAGUGUGUGAACGUUCAGGGCAGCUACCAGUGUGCCUGUCCCCGUCAUGGCUAUACUGUGUCGUCCAAUGGACGCACAUGUCAAGAUAUUGACGAAUGCGCGACAGGAACACACAACUGCUCGACAACCCAAACAUGCUACAACAUCCAGGGAGGAUUUCGCUGCCUGUCCUUUACAUGUCCUGAGAACUAUAGGAAGGUGUCAGACACACGCUGCGAGCGGGUAAGCUGCUUCGGCUCUCAGUGCCAGAACAUGCCCAUCCGCAUCACCUAUUACCAGCUUAGUUUCCAGACUAACAUCAUCAUCCCAGCGCAGAUCUUCCGCAUUGGCCCCUCUCCGGCCUACUCAGGUGAUAGCAUCAUCAUUAGCAUCCCACGUGGCAACGAAGAAGGUUACUUUAGCACACGCCGGCUCAACAGCUUUACUGGAGCCGUGUACCUGCAGCGGCAGCUUCAUGGCCCACGUGACUUCCUCAUCGACGUGGAGAUGAAGCUGAUGCGCCAGGGCACCGUCACCACGUAUCUCACCCGCAUCUACAUCUUCAUCACAGCUCACUCCAUGUGAUGACACUUUCUGUUGCAUCACAUCUGCUUUCAUAAGGUGCUAAGCUCCUGAGGGGGUUGUCAGAAUAUCUCAUUAGCUGCUUUGCUGAACAGAUUUUUGAAAGAAGCUUGUCCAAAAAAGAGGUUUGAUGGUGCUUUGUUUUUACAGGAAUCCAACAGCUUGUGUUCUGUCAUGACUUGAGACAAAAAAAAGGGAAACUGCAAAGACUGACAGAAAUAUUUUGAUUUCCAUCUACAUUUCAUCUAUGUAAUAAUAAAAAUUAUGGUGUGGCCAGAUGUUAUUUUUCCUGAAACAAUUAUGAUUUCUUUGAAACAUUUUCUAUAGUGAAUCAUUUAUGUUUUUACAAAGCAGUGCUUCCUGGCGGGGGAAAACAGUGGAGAGGAUGGAGUGGUAAAUAACAUGGAUCCUUAAUCCUUCUUCACGCAGUGCUGCAUCCCUUUAUUUCAGUCACUAUAAAAGUUUCAGUCAGUCUGGGAACAAUUAGUUACUGUACUCUAAAAUGUAACGAGUUGCAUCGAUAUAUACUACUAAUGAAUACAUUGACAGCACUUCUUUUCAAUAUCAAAGGCAAAUAUUGCAAAAACAUCUUUUGUAAUCACUGUGAUUAAUAUUUUGCAACUGAAAGGAUGUAUAAUGUUUUUUUUUUGUAAUAUUUGUAGUUUGCUUGUUCUGUUUGUAUCUGUUAAUGCAAGGCACAUUUGACACUCAGACUUGGAGUCUGUGUGAGCUACAAUACAGCACUGAGGACAUUACGUUUCUAAGACUUUUUGUAUGGAAGUAUUGUUUUUUGCUUUCUAUAUCUAUUUCUGUAUGUUAUCUAAUCCUCUCAGGGUAAAAGCAUCAUAUCAUUUGUUAAUCCCAUCUUCACAGUGUCUAAGCGAUUACCAAAUCACCACUCAUUCGAUAAACAAACAAUAAAUAACAGACCCACAAUGA